AUGCCGCCCAAAGUCCAACAGAAGUCGAAGGAGCAAAAAAUGGCCGCCGCCAUGGCCGGUGGUAAGGGAAAGAAGAAGAAAUGGUCCAAGGGAAAGGCCCGUGAUAAGGUCGACAACAAGGUCCUCUUCAGCAAGGAACAAUUCGACAGAUUCCACGCAGAGGUUCCUAAGAUGAAGCUAAUUACCGUCAGUACCGUUGUUGAAAAGCUUAAGCUUAACGCAGGUUUGGCACGAAGAGCUCUUCGCGACUUGGAGGCUGCUGGAUCUAUCAGACCUGUUCUGAUCUCCCGAUCGCAACGCAUCUACACCCGUAACGUUGGAGAAGAUGAAGAAGAGUAA